AUCAAUGUUGUUAUUGUUUCAAGUAGUUAAAAGUGUGAUGUCAUUCAUUGGUCUUUAUUUCAGGAAAUGCUGUCCUUCUGGGACGUGGCCAUUGAGUUCUCUCCAGAAGAGAGGGAAUGCCUGGAGCCUGCUCAGUGGAUUUUGUACAGGGAUGUGAUGUUGGAGAAUUACAGCCACCUUGAUUUCCUGGGUCUUGCUAUCUCCAAGCCACACCUGGUGACAUUUCUGGAGCAAAGACAAGGACCUUGGGAUGUGAAGAGACAAGUACCAGCCCCUGUACACCCAGGAACAAUAUCAAUUGAUUGUAACCAUUACAACAAGGCCAUUGAUUGUAACUCACUCCUUAUUCAACGCCAGAGAAUCCAUACAGGGGAGAAACCCUACAAGUGUGAAAUAUGUGGAAAGGCUCUUAGUUCUCAAAAAAACCUAUGUAUACACCAGAGACUCCAUACUGGAGACAAACCCUAUAUGUGUAAAGAAUGUCAUAAAGCGUUUAGUACUCGCUCAUCACUUUUUAUACACCAGAAAAUUCAUACUGAAGAAAAAACGUACAAGUGUGAAGAAUGUGGCAAAUCAUUUUACUAUCCUUCAAUGCUGAAGCAACAUCAAAGAAUUCAUUCUGGAGAGAAGCCCUACAAGUGUGAAGGAUGUGGCAAAGCUUUCUAUGAUCGUUCAUUCCUGAAGCAACAUCAAAGAGUUCAUUGUGGAAAGAAACCCUACAAGUGUGAAGAAUGUGGGAGAACAUUUUCCUCUGCUUUAAUCCUUAACAAGCAUAAACGUAUUCAUUCUGGCGAGAAACCCUACAAGUGUGAACUGUGUGGAAAAGGAUUUACUAAGCCUUCUGUCCUUUCUGAGCACAAAAUAUGUCAUACUGGAGAGAAACCCUACAAGUGUGAAGAGUGUGACAGAUGUUUUUCCUCUUCUUUAACCCUUAGAAGACAUCAAAGAAUUCACUCUGAAGACAAUCCCUACAAGUGUGGUGAAUGUGGCAGAGCCUUCUACACGCUUUAUGCCCUUACUCAGCACAAGUUUGUUCAUUCUGGAGAGAAACCAUACAAGUGUGAAGAGUGUGGCCGAUGUUUUUCCUUUUAUUCAGUCCUUAGAAGACAUGAAAUAAUUCAUUCUGAAGACAGCCCCUACAAGUGUGGAGAAUGUGGCAAAGCCUUUACCAAACUCUGUAUAUUUACCCAGCACAAAUUUGUUCAUACUGGGGAGACACCAUACAGGUGUGAAGAGUGUGGCAAAAGAUUUUCUAGUCCUUCAUAUCUUAAGGUACAUAAAACUAUUCAUUCUGAAGAGAAUGCCUUCAAGUGUGAGGAAUGUGGCAAAGCCUUUGUUAAUCAUUAUACCCUUUCUCGACACAAGACGGUUCAUACUGGAGAGAAAUCCUACAGAUGUAAUAAAAAGUUUACACGUUUGUAGCCUUUCAAAGACAUCAAAUAAUUCAUUCUGAAUAGAAGUUCCACAAGCAUGUGCAAUGUGGCAAAGCCUUUGCUGAUGAUUCAGACCUUAUGCAGCACAAAUGAAUGCAUUGAGUAGGGAAGCCAUGCACAUGUGAAAAAUUGAGUGCUUUAACUCUCAGUCAACACCGUUAACCAUCAGUAACGUUCAUUCGGCAGUAUAACAACCAAACAUGAAGGGAGUGCCUAGCUUUUCAUGUUUCUUUGUAUCUUAAAUAACACAACAAUCUUCAUCCUGAAAAUCAAAGCUAUAAUGUGAAGGAUGUGGUGAAGGUUUCAGUUAUCAUUCUGUCCUGGUUCAACCUCAGUAAUUCUCACCUGAGAGAAACCCUACUCUUGUGCAGAA